UGCUACCCCCGCCUGUGACCCACAUCAUAUGACCUCAGGGCUGCCGAGGGAGAGACAAGGCCCUGCCUGCUGGGGCCUGGCAGCUGGCACAGCAGCGGCAGAGCAGGCUCCUGUCAGCCUCGCAGGGUCGGUGCUGCUUCCCCAUCACGCCCGCCCAGUUGCCCUAGUGACUGUGUGACCCUUCUCCCCCGCCCUCGCUGCCACCAGCCCUAUAAAUAGAGGCAACGAGCAGCUGGGCUCUCUUGGCAGUCACCAUGAGGGCGCUGGUUCUGCUCUGCUGCUUUGUGGCGUCUCUCCUGCUCCCAGGACAAGCAGAACUGCAAGUUUCUGCUUCGGGUGGCACAGAAGAUGUUGGCAAUUUGUUGGAGAAUCAUUUCUCUGCUGGAGAUGCAAGUCUAGAGGAGAAGGAAAGGGCGCUUUAUGCAGAGGCGGCCCCUCAAGAGAAGAACCUGCUCCUUCACUCCCCAGAUGGCAGGGAGGCUGAGAGCUCGGAGAAGACUGCCACAGGGGCCUCCGCCACUGCCCCCAGCCCAGGCUCUGACCCUGAAGCCAGCCUUUCCAAUGCCUCAGCCUCAGCUCCCCCCGGGGACCCUGUGGAGCUACCAGGAGCAAGCGCCCUCCCUCCAGAAGGGGAAGAGGGGACUGGGGAAGGAGGGAGGCCAGAGCUCAGUGCCAGAGAGGGCUCACCAGAGGAGGCGGGAGGACAGGCUGGGAAUGGCGUGGUCACUGAGGAAGCCAAGGAGGUCCUAGGGGACAGCCCUCCGCAGGGAGCAGCUGCGGGCACUGCAGAGCCUGAAGGCACAGGGGCCUUUCCCGUGGCAGGAGAGACAGCAGGCGAGGGCAUCCCAGGGCCUGAUCAGGGGCCAGAAGGGCCAGAUGGAGUCGUGGACGUGGACACAAAAGCCAGGGAAGGGCCUGAGGACCAGGGGGAGCCCGGCCCAGCUGUAGAGACAGGGGGCACCCAGGAGGACCGCCCCCUGGAGGGCCAGGCGCCAGGGAUGUUGCAGGAGGAUCUGGAAGCUGCGUCCUCUGAGGAAGAGGGUGGUGGCCUCAGCAGAGGCGAGGAAGGAGGAGUUCCAUCCCAAGAAGAAUCAGAAGAGGACAGCGGCUCUGGGGCUAGCUCAGAGGAAGCGGGGGGCACCUCCGAGGAAGCGGGGGAGCCCCAGGAAGCAGCAGGAGCCCCAAGCCCUGGGGACGAGGGGGCCCAGCCGAGCUCGGAGGAACCGAAUCCAGGGCCCGAGGGGGACGAGGCCCCGGAGGCCAAGGCAGAGGAGCCCGUGGAGGGGGCUCAGGAAGAGGCCGAGGAUGUGAGUGAAGAAGCCCCACUGAGGGAUCGCUCCCACAUCGAGAAAACGCUGAUGCUGGUCGAGGACAAGCCGGCGGACGAUUACUCUGCGGUGCUGCAGCGGCUUCGAAAGAUCUACCAUUCGUCCAUCAAGCCCCUGGAGCAGUCUUACAAAUACAAUGAGCUUCGGCAGCACGAGAUCACAGAUGGGGAAAUCACUUCCAAACCAAUGGUGCUGUUCCUGGGACCGUGGAGUGUUGGCAAAUCCACCAUGAUAAACUACCUCCUCGGGUUGGAGGACACUCGCUACCAGCUUUACACAGGUGCUGAGCCUACCACCUCUGAGUUCACGGUCAUCAUGCAUGGGCCCAAGCUAAAAACCAUCGAGGGUAUUGUCAUGGCAGCUGACAGUACCCGGUCCUUCUCACCCCUCGAGAAGUUUGGCCAGAAUUUCCUGGAAAAGCUGAUUGGCAUUGAGGUUCCCCACAAACUUCUAGAGCGGGUCACUUUUGUGGAUACACCAGGCAUCAUUGAGAACCGCAAACAGCAAGAAAGAGGUUACCCCUUCAACGAUGUGUGCCAGUGGUUCAUUGACAGAGCUGACCUCAUCUUUGUCGUCUUUGACCCAACCAAGCUGGAUGUGGGUCUGGAACUGGAGACGCUGUUCCGCCAGCUGAAGGGGCGUGAAUCCCAGAUAAGGAUCAUCCUGAACAAGGCCGACAACCUGGCCACUCAGAUGCUCAUGCGGGUCUACGGGGCUCUCUUCUGGAGCUUGGCCCCGCUCAUCAACGUCACGGAGCCCCCAAGGGUCUACGUCAGCUCCUUUUGGCCGCAAGACUACAAGCCCGAUACCCACCGGGACCUGUUUCUCAAGGAAGAGAUCUCCCUCCUGGAAGACCUGAACCAGGUGAUCGAGAACAGAUUGGAGAACAAGAUUGCCUUCAUCCGCCAGCAUGCCAUCCGGGUUCGCAUCCACGCCCUUUUGGUCGACCGAUACCUGCAGACGUACAAGGACAAAAUGACCUUCUUCAGUGACGGAGAGCUGGUCUUCAAGGACAUUGUGGAAGAUCCUGAUAAAUUCUAUAUCUUCAAGACCAUCCUGGCAAAGACCAACGUCAGCAAAUUCGACCUUCCCAACCGAGAGGCCUAUAAGGACUUCUUCGGGAUCAACCCCAUUUCUAGUUUCAAGCUCCUGUCCCAGCAGUGCUCCUACAUGGGGGGCUGCUUUCUGGAGAAGAUUGAGCGGGCCAUCACCCACGAGCUCCCCGGCCUCCUGGGAAGCCUGGGGCUGGGGAAGAAUCCAGGUGCUCUCAACUGUGACAAAACAGGGUGUGCUGAAACCCCAAAGAAUCGCUAUAAGAAACACUAGGUUGUGGUGUGGCCAGUCUCGGGUUCCUGUUGGUGAAUGAGCUUGUGUUCUAACUGUCUGAGAAGUCCUGGUUUAUUAGCCCUUUGAGCCACACUGGCACAGAAUCAUCACACAUUGGAGAUUGGGGAGUUCAUUGAGGCCAGUGGUGGGGGAAGGUGUGGGUCGAGGGAGGAGAGUGGAAACUGUGAAUUAUAGUUUGCUUGUCUCAUUGCUUCAAUUAGGAGGCCUGAUUGAGGCAAGUCAGGCCAUACCUGCUUUUCCUGGGUCCUAUCUGGGAGGGACAGAGAGCAGCUAAAUUCUAGGGUAUACUGAAUUGAUGAGCAUUAAAUAAGCUAAAAGCAGCUGAAGUUCCUUUCCCCCCUGUAAGCUGGGAAAAGAGAAGACAUGAGUCAGUGGGACUGUCCUGGUCCUUUGUGGCUGCCUUCCACACAGUCUUCUGUGUCCCCCCGCCAGUGCUCAGCUGUCUCUUAAACUUUGGUUGACUUCACUAGGGGAUACUCUCCUGGGCCUGAAUUAACCUGGGUUUUGAGCCCACCCCCAGGCUCUCUUCCCUGUUCCCUCCAGGGUUGGGAGGGAUGGUUUAGGGUACCCGAACACUAAGAGAGAACAAGAGUUCCCAGGCUAAGAGAAGCAUCUGCCUCCCCCACGCCAUCUCUCUGACGUGGUGUUCUAAGCCAGCUGGGAAGCUGAGUCCCUUUAUUGGCCCAAGAGAAGGGCCAGUGUUCUAUGCAUUCAGGUAAUUCACUGGAAGUGACUUCAGUGAAAGUACAGCUCAGAGGGUUAAUUGGUUUGCAGUGUGUCUUUGUUUAUUGCAUGUCUUGGAAAACUUGGACCCUAAAGUCUUUGGGUUUCAGAGGGGACAAUGGAGACCUAGCUCCUUUUCGUUGGGGACUUCUCUGGGCAGCCCGCCUCUUCCAAAUUUAAGAGGAGGCUGUUUCCACAACUUCUCUGUGGAGACACUCUGCAGAAGGGUCGUUCCUUCCUGAUUUUCAUCGCCAUGGCUUUCCCUUUCCCUUCUUCUCAUUCCCUGAUGUGCUAACACUCAAAACUUACAGGAGUCAGAACCAGCACCAGUCAUCAAUGUCAGUGGCAACUAAGGCUCAACCUUCAGUUUUCCACCUGAACUUGAUGCUGAUUCCCACCGGACAUACCGCAGGAAAGCCUGGGCCUUCAGACACCAAUAAGUGUGGAUAUGUGUGUAUUAUGUUGUCCAAGAGAGAUUAGGGAGAUAACAGAUGCCAGAGGGCAUAGCGAAAGACCUUGUGAGAGUUCUGCCUGGCUGGUGUGCCACCCAGAAGGGCAGCGAGGGACUGAGGAUGGGGGAAGGACCCUGGAGGGAAGGAGCCAUUUGACAAAAGGCGGGUAAGGGAACAGUCUGUGCAAAUCCUGGAGACUGGGCCCAGGGCUGCCUGAGGGGCUCCUGCCGAGUGAGCCAGCCUCUCUUGGGAGCUUUGCCAGGAGGCAUGGGUCAGGACCCGCCAGCACCAGGAAGUCAUCCUGGAGCAGAAGGAAAGUGAAGAUGAAGGCAGAGGGAGCAGAGCGGCACUGAGGAUCGGCAGUGGAAGUGAACUGGCAAUCAAACCAUGCGGAGAACUGCAACUUCGGAAUUCCUGUUUCUCAGAAUUAGUAGCGCUCUGGUGCGGCUGCAACAGAGGCUGCUUCCUUUGGCUUCGUGGAGGACCUGGAACCUCCCUCAAGAAAGCCAGAGGCCCCACAGCCUUCAGGACAUUGUUUCUAAGGACAGAGCCAACCAGAGAAGAAAAAGGAUCGCCUAGGGGUGUCCAAGGAGCCUGGUGACAGGGCCUAUGAGCUGCUUUUCUUCUCACCAAGAACCAACGCUUGCCUCAUCUCUCUGUCAUUUACCCUCUCGAGAGUCUGCCCUCCCACCUUGCUCCUUAAUGCCCCUAAGGCACUGGAGCUCCUCGUGGCAUAUCUGUGCUUCUCAGUGCAGUAGGGGAAAUAAAAUAUGCAGAAUUGUAUGGGCAUUGUCACAGCUACUACCACCAUUGCUUUGGGGGAAGAAGGUGGAAUGAGGCUGAUACAUUCAUACAAUAUUUAUAUUUUCAGGGUGGUGACAUUGCCAGUGUGACCCCCCCCCUUUCUUUUCUCCAUCCAUUUUUCUUUUCUUAUUCCUAAUCCUAUGCUCACUCCUUGACUUACCUUUUCUCUAACUGCCCGCAGGCUUGUCUAUCAGUCAGCUUGGACUUUAAGAGCUAUUUUGUGCCUCACUCUAUGGAGGUGGAUUUUAAGCAGAAUUCUGACUUUUAUGGUGGGGGUAUAGGGGGGUGGGUUGAAGGCUGGGGGGCAUUUAGGAUCCAGAGAUCCCUCAAGAGGAGUAUUUGUGCCUGAAUAGUAGCUGUUUCUCUCCAAAGUGGAACCUUUCCAGUGUUCUUUCCAUUCUGAUUUCAUCAGGUAGAAAGUCUCAAUAAAGUUCCAAUCUCUCUUUAACACAUUGUACUUUGAUUGUAUCCAACCAGUUCAAUCUCUUUAUCUUCCGUUAAAUCUAGUAGAGUGUACUAAUUUUCAUUAAGACUGUUUUUUAGAGUUUUAGGUUCACAGCAAAAUUGAGAGUAAGGCAAGAGAUUUCCUAUACACUCCUCCCCCCAACAUGCAUAGCUUCCUUCACUAUCAACACCCCCCCAGAGUAAUACAUUUGUUACAAUUGAUGAACCUACACUGACCCGUCAUAGUCACCCAAAGUUCAUAGCUUACAUUAGGGUUCACUCUUGGUGUUGUAUGUUCUGUGGGUUUGGACAAAUGUUUAAUGACAUGUACCCACCAUUAUAGUGUCAUACAGAAUAGUUUCACUGUCCUGAAAAAUCCAUGUGCUACACCUAUUCAUUCCUCCUGUCUGCUCUCAUUCCCAUGUACCAAUUUUUAAAUCUUGGGAAUAGGUUGAAAAUUUAUAAUUGCAUCUCCUUACCCCUCCCUGUCUUCUUUUCAAGCUUCCUUCUUCUAGCCUCCCAGUGUCAAAGAUGACCUGUUCCCUCAGUUGGCUAUGAAACUAAGGCCUGCUGUAGUAUAAUGGUAAACUUGAAGAAACACUUCCCUGAAAUUGUCAUUCUCCCUGCUUCUGUGGCAGUCCCAUUAAUAGGAGUUAUUGAAAACUAACCCAGUCUCUCACAGAGGCAUUUGAUCCACGCCCUCAGGCACACAGCUGCCCACUUGGUGCCUGAAGGCUCUGGUGGAAGGAGCAGAAAGGUCUGCCCUGAAUGUAAGGAUGGCAUCUCCCUUGGCUUCUACAGGAAGUGGUGGCCCCAUAGCAUAGCCUGGGCCUCCUGCCUAUUCUUGUCUUUAAAGAAACCUGAGCCCUAACCGGUUUGGCUCAGUGGAUAGAGAAUCCGCCUGUGGACUGAAGGGUCCCGGGUUCAAUUCCGGUCAAGGGCAUGUACCUUGGUUGCGGGCACAACCCCAGUGGGGAGUGUGCAGGAGGUAGCUGAUCAAUGUUUCUCUCUCAUCGAUGUUUCUAACUCUCUAUUCCUCUCCU